UACAAUCUGUAGAGGGCAGCAGGACAGAAACAAAGCCUCGAGCUUCCGGAUAAAUGUGAGCAGAAGAAGAGACUCUGCAGCCUGUCAAAGUCUGACAUUUAAACCUUCAACUUGUCUGCGGUUAACUUCAAGGUCCUGCACGAUGUCUAUCGUCAAGAUCCACGCUCGAGAGAUCUUUGAUUCUCGUGGAAACCCAACUGUGGAGGUCGACCUUUACACUGACAAAGGCUUGUUUAGGGCGGCUGUACCAAGUGGAGCAUCAACUGGAAUCUACGAAGCCUUGGAGCUCCGGGACAAUGACAAGUCUCGCUACCUUGGGAAAGGCGUCUCAAAGGCUGUAGAAAACAUAAACUCAGCCAUUGCACCUGCACUUGUUGGUCAAGAUGUAUCUGUGGUUGAGCAGGAGAAAAUUGACCAGAUGAUGAUUGACAUGGACGGAACAGAUAACAAAUCCAAGUUUGGAGCAAAUGCGAUCCUGGGUGUGUCUCUGGCUGUUUGCAAAGCUGGUGCAGCAGAGAAAGGAGUCCCCCUGUAUCGUCACAUUGCUGACCUCGCAGGAAACCCUGAGGUUAUCCUGCCUGUGCCGGCCUUCAAUGUGAUCAACGGGGGCUCCCAUGCAGGAAACAAGCUCGCCAUGCAGGAAUUCAUGAUCCUGCCCGUUGGCGCGAGCACCUUCAAAGAAGCCAUGCGCAUUGGAGCUGAGGUCUACCACAAUCUGAAAAAUGUCAUCAAGAAGAAAUAUGGACAGGAUGCCACCAAUGUGGGCGAUGAAGGUGGUUUUGCCCCAAACAUCUUGGAAAACAAAGAAGCGUUGGAGUUAGUGAAGGAGGCCAUUGCCAAAGCAGGAUACACAGAUAAGGUUGUGAUUGGUAUGGAUGUGGCUGCAUCUGAAUUCUACCGGGAGGGAAAAUACGACCUGGACUUCAAGUCUCCUGAUGACCCAAACCGUUACAUCACUCCUGACGAGCUGGCUGAUCUCUACAAGAGCUUUGUGAAGGAUUAUCCAGUGGUUUCCAUUGAGGAUCCCUUUGACCAGGACGACUGGGCUGCCUGGGCCAACUUCACUGGGAGCACGGACAUCCAGGUCGUUGGAGACGAUCUGACUGUUACCAACCCCAGUCGCAUCAGCAAGGCUGUGGAGGAGAAAUCCUGCAACUGUCUGCUGCUGAAAGUCAAUCAGAUCGGCACAGUCACCGAGUCUAUGAAAGCCUGUAAAAUGGCGCAGGAGAGCGGCUGGGGUGUGAUGGUCAGCCAUCGCUCUGGCGAAACUGAGGACACCUUCAUCGCAGAUUUGGUGGUCGGCCUUUGCACUGGACAGAUCAAGACUGGGGCACCUUGUCGCUCUGAGCGUUUGGCCAAAUACAACCAGAUUCUUAGAAUUGAAGAGGAGUUGGGGGACAAGGCUCGAUUUGCUGGAAAAAACUUCAGAAAACCAUUGUAAAUGGAUGAAGCAUUUACUUCACAUACAAAUGGAUUCAGAAGCAAAACACAUUGAAUAGUGAUUAAUAUAGUACAAUAGUAACUAAUGUAGACCAUUCAUGUGCUGACUGGUUUAUAGACAGAACAAACUGUAGUAACUUGUGACACUUUACACUUUUUUUAUGUGGAAUAAAAAAAUUGAUCUGAUUGUAACUGGAUAAAUAUAAAAUUACAGCACUUACUAAUUGUGAUGAUAAAAGCUGCACUUGGAGAAACGGUUAAUAAAAAUGAUUUCUUCCAGAAAUAA